AUGAAGAAGCUAUCCCCGAAGAUCUGCCAGAAUUGGACCAAGUCCAGUAAGGAGAGUUGCUCUAUCUACAUUUACAAGGUGAUGAAGCAGGUUCACCCUGACGCUGACAUUUCUUCCAGAGCCAUGGGUAUCAUGGACUUGUUUGUCAGUGAUAUUUUCAAGCAAAUCACCAGCGGGACUGCCUGCCUGGCACAUUGCAACAAGAGCAGCACCACCAUCUCCCUGGAGAUCCAGACUGCUGUGUACCUGCUGCUCCCUGGGAAGCUGGCCACACAUGUUGUGUUGGAUGGCACAACGUUGGUCACCAAGUACACUGGCUCCAACUGGCUGUCCAUGUGGAAUGGAGCAUUAAUUGAAUUACAUUUUGCUGAUGACAGCUUUAACCACAAGACUGAAUACCUUGGAAUAUUGUUGCUACCCCGGCUUUCAGUUACCGCCUUGUGUUAG